AUGCGAUGGUUUCAUAGAAAUCGAUCAAGUGGAGAAAUUAUCAUCGAAAAUAUUCAUUGUUGUGGCGCUGCAAUUGACAAUCAAAGGUUUCUUUAUAUCUCUGACAUCGGGAAAGACGAAGUAAGACGAUAUGGAGUUGGAGAGACUGAUGGAAUACUGGUAGCAGGUGGUUUUGGACGAGGCGAUCGUCUCAAUCAACUUAACUGGCCCACACACAUCUUUGUCGAUCGAGAUCAAUCUGUCUACGUUUCUGACACGUGGAAUCAUCGUGUGAUGAAGUGGAUGAAAGGCGCCAAAGAAGGAAUUGUUGUGGCUGGUGGUCGAGAUGAAGGCAAUGCUUUCAACCAAUUGUCCAGUCCAAAGGGAGUGUUCACUGACCCGAUGGGCAGAAUCUACGUCGCAGAUGGAGGGAAUCAUCGAGUAAUGCGUUGGUACAAUGGAGCAACACAGGGAACUAUGAUUAUUGGUGGGAAGCGUCGGGGACAACAAGAAGACCGACUAGCUGAUCCUGAAGGUUUGUCAUUCGAUCGAUACGGCAAUAUGUAUGUGGUCGACUGGGGAAAUCAUCGAGUUCAACGAUAUUCAAUUGAAAAAUAA